CGGCCAUCUGUGCAGGACUCGUUGCUGUUAAAUUUCUCAGGUUACGUUUCCUCCUCGCUGUAUUAGCUGAUUUCACCUCUAACCUCUCUGGCACUGGACAGAAGCAGCCGUCAUGAAGCUCCCCGUGGCAAUCCUCGCAGUUUUUGCAUCGAUAACUGUCUCUAUUGACGCUACAGUCUACUUCAAGGAGCAGUUUCUGGAUGGAGAUGGAUGGCAGAGCAGGUGGGUCGAGUCAAAGCACAAGUCUGACUACGGCCAGUGGAAACUGAGUGCUGGAAAAUUCUACGGGGAUGCUGAAGCUGAUAAAGGUGUCCAGACAAGCCAGGAUGCCCGCUUUUACGCUGUGUCAUCCAAGUUUGAGCCGGUCAACAAUGAAGGAAAGACCUUGGUGGUCCAGUUUACCGUCAAGCAUGAGCAGAAAAUCGACUGCGGAGGCGGCUAUGUAAAGAUCUUCCCAGCUGACCUUGACCAGACCGCCAUGCACGGAGACUCACAGUAUUACAUCAUGUUCGGGCCUGACAUCUGCGGAUACAGCACGAAGAAGGUUCACGUGAUCUUCAACUACAAGGGCCAGAACCACCUCAUCAAGAAAGACAUCAAAUGCAAGGAUGACGAGCUGACCCACCUGUACACACUGAUUCUGAAUCCAGACCAAACAUACGAGGUGAAGAUCGACAAUGAGAAGGUGGAGUCCGGCUCCCUGGAGGAAGACUGGGACAUGCUGCCCCUGAAGAAGAUUAAGGACCCAAAUGCCAAAAAACCCAGUGACUGGGAUGACAGAGCCAAGAUUGACGACCCCAGCGACACCAGACCUGAGGAAUGGGACCAGCCAGAAACCAUCACUGACCCUGAUGCCAAGAAGCCUGAGGAUUGGGAUGAGGACAUGGAUGGAGAGUGGGAGCCUCCUAUGAUCACCAACCCAGAGUUUAAGGGUGAGUGGAAACCAAAACAGAUUGACAACCCCGACUAUAAGGGCUCCUGGGUCCACCCUGAGAUCGACAACCCCGAGUACACACAUGACGCAGAGAUGUACAAGUUUGAUAACAUCGGAGUGCUAGGCCUGGAUCUGUGGCAGGUUAAGUCUGGCACAAUCUUCGACAACUUCCUGAUCGGUGAUGAUGUCAAGGAAGCAGAGGAGUUUGGGGCACAAACCUGGGGAGUCACUAAGGAACCAGAGAAGAAGAUGAAGGAUGAGCAGGAGGACGUGGAGAGGAAACUGAGGGAGGAGGAGGAGAAGAGCAAGGCAAAGGACACUGAGGGUGAUGAUGAGGAAGAAGAAGGUGAAGAGGAGGAAGAUGAGGAGCCAGAAGACGAAGGGGAACACGAUGAUGAGGAUGCUGGUACAGAAGAGGACAAUGAAAUCGUAGAGAAGGACGAGUUGUAGAGAAAGGGGGAUGAUUUGUGGACUGUUGGUUUCUCUCUGCAAGUUCAAACUUAUGAUGAAAAAUCAGCGACAGCCCUAUGGACUCUGUCCUUUCAUACAGCAGCCUUUUAUUCAGGUGUAGGGGAGGGUGGGGGGUGAAAGGUAGGGCCAGGUCGUUCUUUUUUUUUUUUUUUAAAUCAAUUUCCUUGUUGCUUUUUUCAGGUUCCAAAUUAGAAAAAGGAGAAGGGUUUACAUGAGGUUCUUUCUGUUUGUGUGUCGUCUUCGGUUGAGAGUUGAAUAAUUUAAUGUGAUUUACUGAACGCGGUCAGUCCCAUGGUGCAUGUGCAGUCGCACAGAGCCCAUUAAUUUUAUUAUUGCCUUGAUGGGAUGACCAGUAAACGGAGGUUCUGUAUCGUCUGGUUCUUGCACUUUUAUUUCUCCUAUGUGAUUUAGAACUGUUUGUUUUUUUAUUGACCCGCUUCAUAAUUUAUUCAAUCGCAGAUUCCCUAAAAAUAUGUCAUGUCCCAAAGCUCUAAUUUCAGACUUUUCCAACCAGGUUUCCUUGUGUGAGUGAUGUGUUUAUGGAAUGAGACUGCAUCAGACAAACUGUGAUUUUUAUUUCCUCGUUAUUCUUCUGAAUGAAUGACUGUCCUGUUGUGCACACUGUUUGAGUUUCAGAAAAUAAAUUCGAGCUUCUCACAACAA